AUGUUGGUCGGCCCAUUCCUAGCAGCUCUGGGCACGUCAGCUGCGAUUUCAAUGUCGGGGAUUCUGCGGAUGAAUCAUCCGAGAGUCCAAGUUGGGCGUGUUUCGUCCUGGGAGCCCUUUCUGCUCCGGAGGAGAGAGGUUCAAAGAAACCAGAAGGAGCAGCUACGAGAUGCUGGAAGCUACACAUGGAGCUGCGCUGGCUCCAUUGCCCCAGCGAUUUGUUUGGCCCGUUGCGUGCGCCGCAGCCGGCUGGAACGGAAUAGCUGUGUGGGGCCAGGAUGUCGAAACCUGCGAGGAGCCCUGGCAGCUGCAAGGCGUUCGCUGUCCUCGGUGCGGCUGGGACGAAGCUCUCCGACUGCGGCCGAGGACCUGCCAGCUAUGAGCACAGAUGGAGGUGGAGAAGAAGAGUUCCAGGAAUACUGGGAAUGGUUUCAAAAGCCUAGGGCUUGGCCAGAUGGUUGGAUCGAAAGGCGCACGCAUCCUCAAGUUGGAGUUCUACCCUACUGGUACAACACCGAAACACAGCAGACUUGCUUCGAUCCACCAUCAUCGAGUCAGAGCUCCAAAGAGCUGCGCCAAACAGAGGAGCCACUGGAGAUGGAAGGUCCUGCAGCAGAUCUCUCGAUCAAAGAGCUUCGUCAGAAGCUGCAAGAUCCUGAUGAGCUUCGGCGCUUGCAGCUUUCCGAUGACAUCCUGGCUCGGCGUGCAGUUUGGGAAUAUGAGAUGUUCAUUCCUCGAGUGCUUUCGUGGCAUGACUACCAGUAUAACACGUUCUGGUUUUUCAUCGAGGAUCGUGAGAAAGGUAAGGGGAAGGGAAAGGGUGGAGGACGCGGGUCCGGCAAGGGGUACGGGUACUUCGCCGCCGAAACAGAGAAGAACAAGAAGAUGUUCGCUCAUCAAGGCUUCUUUGAGGCUGUCGCCAAAGUUGCGAGCCAGCGGCUUGAACGGAUCCAUCCAAUCAAUCUUGUGUACCUCUUAUGGACGUUUACUCGAGCAGGGGUGCGUGCACAGACAUUCUUCGACCAGGCCGCAGACCACUUCUGCAACGGCUUGCUUCCGUCCCUGGAUCGUUGCGGUUUGGGAACCCUUGUGUGGUGUUAUGCAAGACAAAGAUUUCGGCAUCACCGCUUGUUCGAUGAAGCUGCCAAAGAGCUGCAGCGAACCGUGCGCGUUCGGUCCCUGGCACCCCGAAACUUCCAAAACACCAUGAUUGCCUACCGCUGGUAUGGGAUGGGCCGUGGCACAACGCGAUCACUUAUCGACAAACUUGCAACCUGGCUGCCACGGCUCUUGGACGAUCAUGACGAGCGAAGACCGAAGUUGAGGCCCGACGUCAUGUUCUCUUAUACUUGCAAAGAUGGCGCCGUAGUCCCAGCCGAUUCUUUUCGGAUCAGUGGUCUGAGCGUCAUUGCACGUGGCUUCGUGCACCUCGAUGCCAGCACCGAGCCUGUUGAGGCA